ACAUCUCCCAGAGCGGAGCUGCGGGCAGCACAACAGAUGCGACGAGUCGCGGUUCCACCACGAAGCUGCAGUUUGACCACUUGCCGCUCGUCAAGGGGACGAAGAUCGGGAUGGAAUGGGAGAUGCACCAUCGCGAGCAAACCGUGACGCACGGGGCCCCAGAUGGCGCCCACACCGUGAAUCGGGGGAAGCACUGGAGCGCAAGUCCUUCGCGGGGCAAGGAACCAGAGAGCCGGCGCCCACGAGGCAACGACCAGGCGGGCGCCGUGACCAACCACGGCACGGACUCGCAGGACAUCGGCGGACCCCCCGCCAAGAUGGCGCAGGCAAAGCUCGGGCAUGUCAGGCAGAUGGCGCGCCGCAUCGCAAACGUCAACGCGAGGUUCGCCAGCGGGGCGCCGCGGCCAGGCGGAGCCCCGCCCACGAAGGAUGCCGCGAUUGGCAAGCGAACAGAAGCGACGGGCAAGCGGCGCUGUGUCGCUCGAGCGGCGGCGGCGACAGCGAACGAGACCUUUGGCAGCGACCGGACGGGGCCCGAGGGAACGCAGCUGCGGCCACCCAGCGACCCAGCGGCGAGCCUUCAGGCGCGGGGCGCAGAAAUCAAGAGCAAGCGCCCCCUCGCCGCGCACAGCGGCACGCGGCCUGCCAAGCGGGCGCAAGGCCAAGCGGCGCAGUCAGGAAAGCAGCUGCGGCCGCCCGACUGCCCCGCGGCCAGGACGGCCCCAUCCAGCAGGGCAACCACGAGAAGGCGCGACGGCAUCCAGCUCACCGCGGGAGCGGGAGCCGCGGCGCCCAGCGGAGACUGCGGGGCACGGCCGGGAACGCAGCGGCGGCCGCCCGACGGCCCCGCGGCCCCGCCAGAUGCUGCCGGCAGCGCUGCAGACAGCAAAAGUGGAGGCGACCUCUCCCACGCCGACGAAGACGCGCGCGGCAACAAGGAGGAGCUCAAGACGAUCGCGGAGGAGCCGCCAGCUGGGCGGCCAGAAGCAGCCAGCGCCGAACGAAGAUGGCUUUCCAGGGCGCUGCACAUCCG